AUGCUUGACUCUCUAACAAGCAUGUUCGGACGACUAGACUACGAAGCAACCAUGUUUGAUAAAACGGCACCUAUACUCCAACUGCGGCCGUCUGAAGGAAGUGACGAAAUACCCUGUAGAUUUUCUAGUGUCGCCCACGCAAGACAGUAUCUCGAUCAGCUAGCUGCUGAUGUCUUUCGCUUCCGAGCAGAGCUCUUGCAACGUGCUUCCUCGGUUUCCUCGUCUUCUCUGGAUGUCAGCGAGGACAGAGACUGGGUAAGGGACUAUGUCACCCAGAAUAUUGCCUCGCGUAGAAUUGUUCACUGCGAAGAAGAGACCGUUCUGCUCGCAGAAUUGUAUCGUCUACAGAAUAAUCUCACACUGUGGUUAUUUGCAUUCCGCUCUUUCACGGCUUUCUCAUCAUCACUACAAGAAACGAGCAUAUGCCGAGUCCUCCAAUUGCUCGAAAUCCAACACUUUUAUAUUUUCUUCAUCGCACAGACUUAUUCCGACAGAACAGAGACCGCUUGCGACCGUUUCAUGCCUCUGUUCAAACACAUCAUAGGAUUGGCCGGAUCUUUCGUGGAUUGUGAUACCCGGUCGACUAGCAGUGGCGACGAUGGGACCAACGUAACCACAUUCACUCUUGAGUCGGGGAUCUCACCGUCACUGUUUCUCAUCGGGCUCAAAUGCCGCGAUUCCAACCUCCGCUGCCAUGCGCUUCGUUUGUUGAGUGAGAAUUCAUGCCAAGAGGGAAUGUGGGAGGGAGCGUUGCUGGCGAAAUUCAUGAAGGAAGUUAUCGAUAUAGAAGAAAGCUAUGUGAUUGAGAAUGAAACACCCAAGGCAGAGGAGAUCCCAGAGCAUGCGAGACUAAGCGAUGUUGCUGUGACGGGGUGCGAUGAUAUGCCUGGGUGGGGGAGAGUUGUCGGCGGAGUACACGUGAACCCUCUCGGCAUUGUGCUACACGAAAGGGCUUUUGUGAUCUAA